AUGAAGAGAAAGGGAAGUGUCUUCUCAGAAACUAGAAGAAGAACAAUUUUCUUUCAUAGGAAUAAAGACCAAACCCCACCUCCAACUAGUAUCGACCUUACAAGCCAAGAAAAUGUUGAGAAACGAAACAUCUCAAGGAUUUCUAUUUAUAGUUAUGCCAUUCAAAUUGACAAUUGCUCCGGUGGUGUUCAUGGAUCUAAAGAAUCAUGCAUUUCAUCAGUAUUUGGAUCAAUCUGUCACAUCUUCAUUGAUGACAUUUUGAUAUACUCCAAGAGUAAAGAUCAAUAUGAAGAACAUCUUAGAAUGGAGUUAGAAAUAUUGCGCAAGGAAAAGUUGUAUGCCAAAUUUAAAGGUGUGAAUUUUUACUUGAGUGGUAAAGGUGGAAGCCGUAACUAA